UUGGUAAAGUCUCCAUUCCCUACAAUUAAAACUUCACUAGCUCUUAAUCUAGAGAAAGAAGAGAGAUCUCUCAAGAGAAGAGAGACAUGGAAGGCUCAUCUUUUAAAAUUUUUGUUAACUCCCUUCUCAUACUACUUGUCAUUCUUUCCAACACAAAGCCAAGCUUAGCCUCUAGAGACCUUGCACCAAAACCCAACACCGAUUUUAUUAGAACAUCUUGUAGUGCAACAAUUUAUCCAAGAAUUUGCUUUAGCUCUCUCUUACGCCAUGCAGAUUCAAUCCAGACAAGUCCUAAAGUUCUCACCGCCACGGCUCUCAACGUGACUCUUGCAGCGGCUAAAUCAACCUCAGCCCUGUUUUUAAACCUCUCACAAAGCCAUGGUUUGAAGCCAAGAGAAAUAGGUGCCAUGAAGGAUUGCCUUGAAGUGUUGAGUGACUCGGUGUAUGAGCUUCGAGAGUCUAUAGCAGAGAUGGGUAAACUCAAAGGCUCCGAUUUUCAAGUUGUAAUGAAUGACAUAGAAACUUGGGUUAGUGCUGCUUUAACGGAUGAGGACACUUGCACAGAUGGGUUUGAAGGGAAAGCCAUGAACGGGAAUGUGAAGAAUGAUGUAAGGAAAUUUAUCUUGAACAUUGCACAUAUGACUAGCAAUGCAUUGGCUUUGAUAAAUAAAUAUGCUUCCCUUCAUGUUUAAUUAGCUAGCUACAUAUAUCAAUAAACACUUAUACGGUAGAUAGGAAAUAAAGCAAUUGUUUUAUACUUUUAUGUGGAAUUGAUCAAAGCUAGAGUGUUGCCAAUUGGAGUUGAAAUGUUAUAUAGAGCUGAGGUUAUAUUU